CUCAAGAGUUGGUCGGCUGUUCUUUUUUUCUCUGCUUCCCGCGAUGGCAAAGAAAGUCCUCAUCGCCUUCAAUGGUACUCGUGGUGAUGUGCAGCCCUACGUGCUGGCAGGGAAGAUUUUGGAGCAGGGGGGCUUCGAGGUGAUGCUCGCAGGCCCUGGUGACGCCAAGGCCUUGGCGGAGCAUUGCGAGGUGAAGUUCCAGCGCACCCGCCUCAGCUUCCAGCGGAUAAUGCAGCAGCCCGGUGUUGAGGAGGCCAUGGAAAAAGACGACAUCAUGACAGUCGCAACCAUCAAGGAAAAGCGCGUGGCGGAGCACAAGGAAGAGGAACUCAAGGCAAUGUACGAGCUGCUCACGUCUUUCAAGCCAGACCUGGUCUUGUGCGGUCCCUUGUGCAUACCGGACACUUUGGCUCUGUGCAAGAUGAGGCGCAUUCCAGUCAUCGUGUUCUGCCUCCACCGCUGGAGACCAAGCCGCUACGUCACGCCUGUGGGCGUGUCCGAUUCCAUGCCGGGGGGAAUGAAAAUGGCAUGCUGGAAGCUGCUCCUGCGCCUUAGCGUGCGUGCGUCCCGACAGCUGGACAUUCCCAUCCUGGACCGGAUCUUGGGGUUUUCCAGCAAACCCUACUACCCGACCUAUAGAGAGUAUUGUGACUACAUCAUGAACGCCCCAGCCUUCCUGAGUCUGGUGGCCGAAAGCAACGCGCUGAUGGGCGACCUUCCAGCGGACUUCAGCUCGAACAUCGUGCAGAUCGGGGCUUUGAUGAUGCCGCCGAAAGAGCAGGAGGGCACAGAAUUCGGCGCGGCCCAGUCUUCGGAGCUGGAUCGGUUCCUGGAAGCAGGGCCUUCUCCAGUUUACUGCGGCUUCGGCUCCAUCAUCUGCAAGAGCUCCAAGUUCAUGACGCUGCUGUGUCUCCGGGGCUUGAUGAUGUCGGGCCAGCGGGGCGUCGUGGCCUCCUCUUGGUCCAACAUGUCCAUGGAGCUGCUCGAGGGCGAGCCGGACUCCGCGGAGCUCAUCGCCUACGCCAAGGAGAAGGUGCUGUUCAUGAAGACGGCGCCGCACGGGACCCUCUUCCCGCGGUGCUCGGUGAUUGUGCAUCACGGUGGGUCAGGCACCAGCAACGCCUCGGUCAGGAGUGGUACUCCAACCAUCAUCUGCCCGAUUUGGUUCGACCAGUUCGACAACUCCGCCGCGGUGAAUGCGCGGGGCAUCGGCGUUGGGAUGCAGAACAUGCGGAAGGUGAAGCCGGCGGAUCUGGCCGCCGCCAUCACCAAGUGCCUGGGGUCGGCCAGCAUCAAGGCCCGGGCCAGGGAGGUGGCGGAGGCCAUCAGCAAGGAGGACUCCGCAGGGAAGUUGGUGUCCAUCAUCAAGGAGUACAUGCAGGAUUUCGUGGCGACCGGGCGGCACCUGAAGCUUCAGGAUGAGCUUCUGAGGCACUCCAAGAGCUCUUGGUUCUCGUGUUGCUCGAAGCCUCACAGGCCCGAAGCAGACUACUGAAGGCAAAUUUCGCCUGAGUUGGCAGCGCGCGAUUGGCAAAAGCCAUGACAAUCAAGCAACACUGCAGAUUUGGCCUGGCAUGCCUUUGUGUAGACGUUUUUGCAUGCCACUUUGGGUGCAGGUGUUGUGAAGCCAAUUGGGAUCGUUGCCCAGAA